AUGGUGCAGAGGCAGCAUCAAGAUAUGUAUUCCAUGGUAGAAGUGGCAUCCAUGGUCUUGCCAAACUCCCUUGAUACGCUUGAUGCACUUGCGACAGAGAAGAAUCUGAACACUCUGGCACGCGUCAGCGCUUCAUUCUGGAAAAACAGUGCCACCAAAUCCAACCCACAAACACCAUCAUCAUCUCAUGUCAAGAUUUCUUCAUUGUAUUAA